AUGGAUAUUGAAGAAUUUCGUAAAAGAGGAUAUGAGACAGUUGAUAGAAUUUGCAAAUAUUAUCAGGAAAUUGAUAACUACGAUGUUAUAUCAAAAGUUGAACCUGGUUAUCUCGAGAAGCUUCUUCCGGAUGAAGCACCCGAAGAUCCAGAAUCAUGGGACGAAAUUCAAUCUGAUAUAGAAACAAAAAUUUUUCCUGGUGUUACGCAUUGGCAAAGUCCAAAUUUUUUUGCAUUUUAUCCGGCAACAUCGUCGUUUCCAGCAAUUCUUGGUGAUAUGUACAGCGACAUGUUUAAUUGUAUUGGAUUCAAUUGGAUAUGUUCACCAGCUUGUACAGAAUUGGAAACCAUUGUACUUGAUUGGAUUGCUAAAUUAAUUAAUUUAGAUUCUAGUUUUCUUAGUAAAGGGAAAGGUGGUGGUGUAAUUCAAGGAACUGCCAGUGAAGGAAUCUUGGUUGCAUUGAUAGCAGCAAGACAAAGAGUACUAGAUGAAUACAAAAAUAAGGGUCUUAGUGAAAAAGAAUUGGACGAAGUUUCUAUACGGCUGAUUGCGUAUGCUUCAGAUCAAGCGCAUUCCGCGGUGAAGAAAGCUACAAUGAUUGCAAAUACUAAAUUUGCAUUAUUCCCAACUGAUGAAAAUUAUUCAUUGCGCGGCGAAACGGUUAAAAAAAUAAUCGAAGAAGAUAUCGCUAAAGGAUUGAUUCCAUUUUUUAUUAACGCAACAAUUGGUACAACAAGCACAGCCGCCGUCGAUCAUAUUGUUGAAAUUGCUGAAGCCAUUGAGGGCACAAGCAUAUGGUUGAAUGUAGAUGCAGCAUAUGCUGGUGCGGCACUUAUUUGCCCCGAAUAUCAACAUUAUUCAAAAGGAGUAGAAAAGGCUGAUUCAUUCGGAUUUAACAUGCAUAAAUGGUUAUUGACCACUUUUGAUUGUUCAUGUUUUUGGAUUAAAGAUCGAUCAUUUCUUUUAAAUGCAUUAUCGAUUACGCCAGCAUUUUUAAGAAAUGCUGCAAGCGAAAGACUGUCAGAUCAUUUUUACAAGGAGAUUUUACGAUAUCCCGAAUUGUUUAAAAUUGCUGCACCUUAUUCUUUUUCUCUCGUUUGUUUUUAUGUAAUUCCCCCGGCUGCUAAAGAAAAUCAAUUCACGUCUAACGAAUUAACUGAAAAAGUAUUAAAUAAAUUAAACGAUACCAAACAAGUUUUUAUUACCCAUACACAAUUGGGUGAUCAAAUGGUAAUUAGAUUUCCAGUUAGUGGUUAUUGGACAAAAAAAGAACAUGUUGAUAAAGCUCUGAAUUUAAUCAUAAAGUUUACCAAAGAAUUAAUAGGAGUUGAAUGA